AUGAAGCAACGCGAAGUAAGACUUGAUGAACUAACAGAGCGCUCAAGAUUGAAUCUAUACUUCAAACACAUCCAACCAAACUAUCCACUACUCGAGACUUGUCCAGACAGACGACUCAGAAGUGCGCUGCGCAUGUCACCCCGCCUCAAAAUGGCCCUGUUCACCGUGUCUUCACGCUUCGCGAACCCAGGCGUCAUACCGUGGUCACCAGAAGACUUUGCUAACCGAGCUCAAAGUCUCUCAAGCGACUCGGAACUGAGCGUGGAUGAACUGAAAGCAUCUUUUCUCCUGUGCCUUCACGCCAUGUCUGACUCCUUGACGUGGACAACUGUCACCGAAACCACCAAGAUCACCAGGAUGGCUGAUUUGUACUACACGAUGUGCCUUGGAGGACAGCGCAACGUGUCUGGCAGGGCCUUUGAUCUCAAUAGCGAGAAGGACGCCGGCGGCGGGGAUGGACUGGCAGCAAGACGACGGGACGAGGCGGAGGACUUGGAUGCUGAGAUGGAGGAGUGGGCCAGGGUAUGGUGGUGCAUCUAUCGCCUUGACUCCUGCUGCUGUGCCAUCACUGCAUCACCAAACGCGAUAUCGAAUCGCCUCGAAGAGAAGAUCAGGCUCACUUCUGAAUCACCUACCGAGUCCAUGCUCCAGCCGUCUCUUGACUCUGAACAGAAUCAGGACCUAUCGCAGCACGAGUCUCUGAGGAGAUCAACGCAUCCGAAACACUGGCGGACGAUGAAAGCCAUCUUCUCACAGCCGGCAUGUACGAAUCAGAGCCUCUACCUCGGCGUAUGCACCUUUGUGAGAUCCGUCACAGAACUCAGAUCCCUAGUCAAGUCCGGCCGCACCAAAGGCCUCGAGAACCGCCUACGAGAGCUCGAGAGCGACAGCGCGGCCACGGCGUUUGCGUUGCCUUCGUGGUACUUUCAGCCCGUGAGAAAUCUGAGCGUUGGCGAGACGGGAGAAGACCACGCGUCUCGGUUGAAGAAUUUGCUUGUCUGGUCCUGCUCCGACUUGCUACUCGCCAUCUGUGCCGUGGAGAUGAGCAGCUCGUCGACCGCGGCUGCUCCCGAUCUCACAGCACACUGGCACUCGAUCUUGGACAAGGCAAACGACGCGGCCGAAGUCGUCGGAAAAUGGAAGCCCGCCUACCUUGACGUUGUUGACCCGUUGUGCUCCUACAUUGUUCUUUUGGUUGGCGCAAUCUUCUCUUUGCAAAGAGCGCUCUCGUCCGAGAUGUCCCUUUUCUCCUCCCAGCUUGAUCUGCUGGAGUUGUUUAUGGAGCAGAUAGGGAGCCGUUGGCCUAUUGCAAACCGCCUCGGCAGUAAGUACUUUUCCUUCAUGGUUUCCGAAGAUAAACAAGCUGACCCAAAGGGCGGAAAAGAAUCACUUCAAUCCAUACAGAGAAACUUGUCUUCAGGAAAGUCUACUUGUACCCUUGAGACGGCGCUCACCUAUGUCCGCCAGUUGACUCACCCUUUCGAUGGGCAACCUGUCCACCCUGUCUUGAAAGGUGAUGCCCCGGGAGCUAUCAUAUCGGGGCCUACAGAGGCAAGGGACGCAAGCAACGGAUGCUAUUCUAACACGCAUGAGGAGGGAUAUGGUUAUUAUUAUGGCCUCGACGAUGUUGAUUUCGCGAGUCUGGAGGGAGUCUUUGGCGACAUGGACCCGAUGGACAUGCUGCUGCAGGUAGGUUGUUGA